CCACCCACUGUAAUAGCCACCUGUUUCCAUACUAGUCAUUUUGUGUUUUGAUUAGCAAUAUAGACACUCAUAAGAAAAUAUGCAUCUAUAUCUAUUAAAUUAAUGACCAUGUGAAAUACUGUCUAAAUCCAGCAAAGUUUCAUAUGUGUGUUUCUUUUUAGGAUGUUUUCUUUCAACCAAGCUGCUCAUUUUCUUUGUUUGUUUUCCACAGUUUCCUGUGGAUGUCUGACUCAAUUAUACAAAAACACUUUCUUCAGAGGUGGGGAUGUGACUGCCUUGUACAGCCCAGACGCUCACCACUGUCAGAUGAUGUGCACAUUCCACCCCAAGUGUUUGCUCUUCAGCUUUCUCCCUUCCAGCUCGACCAAGGAUCCAGAGAAAAGGUUUGGAUGCUUCAUGAAAGACAGUGUGACAGGAACCCUGCCAAGAAUUCAUCGGACAAAUGCAGUCUCUGGAUAUUCCUUAAAACAAUGUGGAUAUCAAAUAAGUGCUUGCCACCGGGACAUUUAUGAAAAGAUUGAUAUGAGAGGGUCCAAUUUUAAUGUAUCUAAAGUUAUAAGUGCUGAAGAAUGCCAAAAACUGUGCACCAAUAAUAUUCACUGCCAUUUUUUUACCUAUGCCACAGAAACAUUUCCCAGCGCAAAGUAUCGGAACAACUGUAUGUUAAAGCACAGUCCAAGUGGUGGGCCUAUGAGUAUAAAGGUGCUGGGCGAUGUGGUGUCUGGAUUCUCCCUGAAGCUCUGUGCACUAUCGGAAAUUGGUUGCAACAUGGACAUGUUCCAGCAUCGAGCCUUUUCAGACGUGGAUGUGGCCAGAGUGCUCACCCCAGAUGCUUUUGUGUGUCGAACUAUCUGCACUUAUCACCCCAACUGCCUCUUCUUCACAUUCUAUACGGAUGCAUGGAGCGUGGAGUCACAAAGACAUGCAUGUUACCUUAAGACUUCUGAAAGUGGAGCCCCAAGUCCCUCUAUUCAAGAAAAUACUAUAUCUGGCCACAGCCUGGCCACCUGCAGGAAGACAUUGCCCGAACCCUGCCAUUCCAAAAUCUACCCUGGGGUCAAUUUUGGAGGAGAGGAGUUGAAUGUGACUUUUGAGGAAGAGGUGACUGCUUGCCAGGACACUUGCACAAAGAUGAUUCGCUGUCAGUUUUUCACUUUCUCCUCCCUCCCUGAAGACUGCAAGGGAGAGAAGUGUAAGUGUUCCCUAAAGUUAUCACUGAAUGGCUCCCCAAUGAGGAUCUCAUCUGGGACACACUGGAGCUCUGGCUAUUCCCUGAGACUGUGCAAAACAGGGGAUGGUUCUGUCUGCACAACAAAAACCAAUGCACGCAUUGUGGGGGGAACAAACUCUUCUUUGGGAGAGUGGCCCUGGCAGGUGAGCCUGCAAGUCAAGCUGACGUCUCGGAACCAUGUGUGUGGUGGGUCCAUCAUUGCAAACCAGUGGAUCCUGACUGCUGCCCAUUGCUUUGAUUCGAUUCCUUACACGGAUGUUUGGCACAUUUACAGUGGUCUUAUAAAUCUGUCUGAAAUUACAAAAGAAACUCCUUUCUCACAAAUAAAAGAGCUUAUUAUUCACGAGAACUAUAAAGUCUCAGAAGGUGGUCAUGAUAUUGCCUUAAUAAAACUUCAGGCUCCUUUGAAUAAUACUGAAUUCCAAAAGCCAAUAUGUUUGCCUUCCAAAGUGGAUACAAAUACAAUUUAUGCCCACUGCUGGGUAACAGGAUGGGGCUACACUAAGGAAAAAGAUGAAAUCCAAAAUACUCUACAAAAGGCAAGUAUUCCUUUGGUAACAAAUGAAGAAUGCCAGAAAAGAUAUAGAGAUUAUAUCAUCACCAAACAGAUGGUCUGUGCUGGCUACAAAGAAGGGGGGAAAGAUGCUUGCAAGGGAGAUUCCGGUGGCCCUUUAGUUUGUAAGCACAAUGGAGUGUGGCAGUUGGUGGGCAUCACCAGUUGGGGUGAGGGCUGUGCCCGUAAGGAACAACCAGGUGUCUACACCAAAGUUGCUGAGUACGUGGACUGGAUUUUGGAGAAGACCCAGAAUGGCGAUGGAGACAAUUCAAUGACAUCACCUGCAUGAAGAACCAAGGAAGAGCUCAGGGUGCAGUUCUUACUUCAUAGCAAGGAUUCAAGCCCAACUCUGAAUCUGGAAGUCCUUGUCUGCAAGUGCACAGUGGCAUCUACCUCACAUUGUCACUGAUGAAAAGAACACAAUGAAUACACAACUGCUGGGGACGCUAGCUUAGGACACUAUCUUGCCAAAAUAUGCUUUGAACAUUUAGUAACAGAAAUGCUUAUUGGUAGAUGACUGAAGAGCUUCAUGGUUGUUUUUUUUGUUUGUUUGUUGUUUUUGAAAUAAAAUUCCCAAUGAGUAUAAGUAGAUAAAAUCCACUUGUAGCUGCAAAACAGAACUGAAAAUAAAUCACUUGAGGUUGUCCCACAGUGGCUGGGAUCUUCGCCUCUUCUUGCUCCCCCUGGAAUUCUGUACCUCUCAAAGGCCAUGUCUCUGAGCCUCAGACUUAAUGAAUUAUUUUGGAUUAUUCCUCUAAAUUUCUGCCACACUGUCGGUGAAGUGUGGGGAAGCUUGAGUUUCAUUCUACUCAGGAGAAAGAGAUCUGUGUCACAUUUCACUUUGCAAUAAAAAGAGGAGUUAUUUGUAUGUGGGAAAACAAGACACUAUUCUACGUCAGUCUCUUCUUCCCUUUUUGAGCAUGGCAUCUCUACUUGGUCCAGGUUAGAUAUGCAGUUAAGGCUUACAGAACUGUAUUUUCCUGGUUGUAGUUUUAGAAAGAGCCUGCAUGGAGGUAAACAUUUUGCUUUGAAAUGAACAUCAACCCUGGAGUAUAGUGGAAACUGAGUUCUGCAACCUCAUUCAAAAAGUAUUAUCAGGUAUAAAGUUUUGCAGAAAAUGAAGACUUGUACAUUCACAGUGGUAUUGAAUAACUUGGGAAUAGAUUACAUAAUCCUUAAGUAACACACAUUCCAAAGCUGUCAGGUUUAUUACUAUAGAUAAUUGUUGAUAGCUUGAUUCAGUUCAGUCACAUGGAUUGGCACUGACUCAGAAUAGGAUAUUUUGAAAAUAUCCUGAAAGGAGGAAAACAGAAAUGUGAAGUUUUAUACAAAAGAUUCAAUUUUUUCUUCCAUAUUCAAAGGCAUGGGGAAUGGUAGAUAGGACUGAAGAUGGAGUAGCUGAAGAAAUCCAGGAGUUCCUGGUUAUGCACAGACUAUGUGGUAAAAAACAAGAGUUAAGAAUUUGCCCCACAAGCAAAUAAAUG